UUUGGUAACGGAGUUGUGUAAGCCUAUUAUGUACCAUUUAAAACCUCGCCGCCACACACAGAAAAUUGCUGUUAAAGUUGCUCCAACCAAGAUGCUUCAGACCAAAGGAGAAAGCAUAAUGUACAGACAAAUUAUCGCUGCCGAAAUUGCCUUUGGACUACUUCUUUCUACAGCUUAUCGUAUUAUUUCGAAGAUUUUCUAUCAACAUGAUGGAUCUGAAAUGGGACCAGCAAACACACAACAGCUUGAGUUGACGCGGUCGCUAGUGUGUGUGUGGCUUGCCAGCAACAUUAAGUUUAUCCUCUUCAAAUGCGACAACCGAUUGUCGCUCUCGGCUCAUUCAGCCUCGCGAUUAAUCGCAUUUCUUGCGCUCCUAUUGGAACAUUCUUAUGGAGCCAGUUCCCGCGGCCUGCAUCCAAACCAGGUUCCCACACUUGACAUGAUGGUGUACUCCUUCUUCCUGGUCAGCAGUCUGGUCCUCUUCUCCCUGGACCUGGGCAAGAACCAAGAAACGGCCCGCUCGAACUGGAACACAAACAAGUUUUAUCAGAACAUGACCCGGCUUCGGUCAGGCUUCAGCACGCAACACCAGGACACGCUGUUCUCCAGAAAUGGAAGCCAGAACCAGUCACCUGACCACAGUGUCCUUCAAAAACAGAUGCCUGGUUGGCAGGCGAUCCAGAACCAGAGAUUUGUAAACUGUAAGGCCCAGAAUGAAUCAACCUCCAGUGGUAUUCAACACCAGAACCAGUCCAGUUCCCAGAAGUUCUUCCUUCAGAUGGAUGUUGUUGCCCUUCUUGUCUUCGGGCUCCUGUGGUUGUCCUGUCCUGAUUGGCUGCUGUGUUCUCAGACGCCUGGUUCCCCAGACGUUCUCCACACUGCAGGUUCCCAGGAUGUUCUCCACCUCCAUCUGACCCGGGCCCUCGGGGCCAUGAUGGUGGGAGACAGCUGUGUGUCUCUGAUCACCCAGAACCUCCAGCAGGAGAACUUCAAACAGAACCUCCAGCAGGAGAACUUCAAACAGAACCACCAGCAGGAGAACUUCAAACCGAACCUCAAACGCAACCUCAAACAGGAGAACUUUAAACAAAACCACCAGGCUGAUGAGGAUAAAUGUUAUGUGUUUGUCGGCAGAACAGCGGGCUGCUUGCUGCUACUGGUCUUCAUGCUACACUUCCAGGUGAUGUCAUCGUCCUGGAGCCCCACCCACCUCUACUGUGGACUGCUUGGAGCCUGCCUCUGGACAGGAAACUCCAUAUUAGGCUACAUCAGCUCCAAACACCUGGCCAUUGACCCCGUCAGCUAAUCCUGUCUAUCAUUUACAUUACAUUUACAUUUAGUCAUUUAGCAGACGCUUUUAUCCAGAGCGACUUACAGUAAGUACAGGGA